AUGGACGCUGGCUACGAGCAUGGGAGGAAGGGAGAAGAGAGGGGCGGGAGAAAGCUGACCUGCAACGGGCAAUAUGGAAAUGCAGCGUGGACCCCCGUUAUGAUUCGUAGGACCCCGCCCAAGCCUGCACGGUCAAAAUGGGGGGAGGACAUCACACCACUGGUCCAGUCCCGGGGCCUGGACAGGCACACCCAUCAAGACUCCUCUCAAAACUCGAGCUUGUCUACGAUGAGCGGACAUUUACAGUUCAACCUGUACCACGGAAGGCAUCUGCCGAUUGUCUGGCACAAUGAAAGGAAAUGGGCGCCAUGA